ACUUAUGCACUAACCUUGAAAAAAAGAUUUUGUUCAUUUAAAUGAGAGUUGACUGUCAAAGAUGGGGAGGGUGUAGCUUAGUGGAAGAGUGUGUGCUUAGCGUGCACGAGGUCCUGGGUUCAAUCCCCAGGGCCUCCAUUUAAAAAAAAAUGUGCUUUAUUUCUUGGCUCUUUAUCUCAACUUUUAAGUGAUAGCGUAAGAAGUAAAUUUAGGUCAGUAGAUUCUGUCAGCAUGUCAUGCAUGAUAAUAAACAUCACUUCUGUCUGGUUUUUCCUUAAGGACUAACUGUGAUGCCUGACGAAGAACAAAACUUGAAUCAUUACGUGCAAGUUUUACAGAACCUAAUACUAAGUGUUCCCACCAAGGGACCAGGUCAUCAGAGAAAAUCAAAGACUCCAAAUAAUGUUAAUUCUGCAGCAUCAAGAAUGUCAAAGUUUAAGGAGGUGAAGUCGCAUGAUGAAGCCACAGCUGAGAACGAUGUGUUGAUCAGUCCUGUCAGUGAUGAAACUACAACUUUCCCUACCAGGGGCUUCACGCUGGAAGUAGAGAGGGAAAAGCAUACUAAAAGCACAGCGUUCUGGUCAAUUAAGCCAAAUAACAUUUCUGUUGUUUUACAUGCGAAAGAACCUUAUAUUGAAAAAGAAGAGCCAGAGCCGGAGCCGGAGCUGCCUGUAAGACAGACUGAGGCACCGAAGCCAGUGCCAAAUGCCACCGAACUGCCCACAAGGGAGAACACCGUCGUGGACACCGCCACAGAGCUGGAGGACGUUCCUCAGCUCUCGGGAGACUACGAAGCGGAGCAGUCUGAAGCACUGACGUUUGAAGAACACCCACAGAAUUUGUAUAAUGAGCGCAUCCUGAAAAAGAUUUCAGAUAUCAGUGCGCAGGUGCAGCAGGUGCCUCUUCCUGAGAGCCUCAAGCCAGAAUACAGAGCGGACAUCAAAGCCGCCGAAGAGCACCUCAAACGGAGCCUUGCUCUGGCAGCAGCAGCAGAGCACAAAGUGGAGAAGAUGUACAAAUCUCAGAUGUUACCGCUAGGGCGGAGCAGCAGUGGGGCUGACGACGCUGAAACUGUUAUUAACGUGCUGUAUAAUUCUAGAUCUAGACUACCUGAAUAUUUAAAUAUUAGGUAUGUUCCUCCAGGGAUGAGAGCAAAAGCUACUAUAGUAUCCAACACAUUGAAGAAAAUACUUUGUGUAAGUCUAGGGGAAACGGAAAACCUUAUUAGGAAGUUAUUAAACAAUAACUUAAAAAUGUUAAACCUACUUAAUACCCACGACAAAGCUGACUUAGGCUGACUGCGUUCAUUCACAGAAGAAAUAAGCACAUUAGUGAUUCAAAAGUUGUAUAAAAUUUUUCUGUUGUAGUUCAGUGUGCUAACAUCUCUUCAUGUCACGUGUUAACAAAAAUUUUUCAUAUGCACGAAAAACCUAACAGUUAAAAAUAAAAUUUUUGUUCAGGAA